AUGAAAUCCAAUAAAUUGAAACCCAUCUAUGCAUCUUCAACUCAAAACUUAGCCAAAACCUUAUACAAAUUAAGGAAACAAGAAGAAGAAUUGAAUGAUAUGAUUUAAUUAACAGAGUUGUGCGAUUAAGCUGUUAUGAAUAACAGAGCGCUUAAUAAAAUUCUGAGAUCAAUAUACACCAACAAAGUAGAAACAGAGAAUACUUCAAGACCAAGAACUGUCACCACAUAACAUUCAUUUCGCAUAACAAGAGAUCAAACAGGAUUUCAUAACAGUAGCAGCCGAUCACCUUCGAAUAAAUCAUAUACUCCAAAACAUACUUGCAGUAGUCUUAAUAAAUAAAGAGUGCCUAUCAAAAGAAUUGGUAAUAUGGACUAGUGUUUUACAACAACUUAAUUAUACUUUGCUUGA